AUGCAUAAAGGAAUCCCUAUUGCGAUUGUAACAGGUGCCACACGUGGUAUCGGUAAGGCGAUUGUUAAGAAAUUAUCACAACAAGGUGUUAGUUGUCUUGGUAUCGGUUCAUCCAUGGAGAGUAUCUCUGGGAUAACCACGAACGAUCAUUUACAUUUCACAGAACCAAACCAAAUACAUAGAUCUAUGGCUAUAGAUUUAACAAAUUGGCCCCAAUGGACUCGAAGGCAGCAACAGAAGGACAAUAAAUUGAUGUUUAAGGGUUAUCAAUAUCAAGACCCGGCAACUUCAUCAUCAUCAUCAGACGCAGACGCAACUAUUCGAACAGAAAUCUGUAAAAGUUUGUUCGACAGUCAAUGGUCCUCUUCAAACCCGCAACAUAGAUAUUACGUGAAUUUAUUAGUAAAUUGUGCUGGCAUUACUCAAGAUAGCGUAAGUAUAAGAACAUCUACAGAAAUGAUAUUGAAAAUCUUAAAUGUCAAUUUUGCCAGUUGUGUUACUCUAAGCAAUCUAACAUUAAAGAAAAUGAUCAAAUGGCAAAAUAUGAUCAAAAGAGAACAACUAACGCCACCGAAAGAUGUUCCCUCACCUUGCAUAAUCAACAUAUCAUCGAUCUUGGGGCAAGGUGAUAUAACGCUUCCUGGGACCUCAAUAUACUCUGCCUCUAAGGCUGCUUUGAUUCAAUAUACAAAGACAUUAGCACAAGAGACAGAAACAUGGGGAAUUAGAACUCAAUCGAUGACACCGGGACUUAUACCAAACACAGAUAUGAUUCAAGAUUUGGAUCAAGUGACAAGAAACCAAUUGACUAAAUUGAUGGGAUUAAAUGUCACUUCCAGUGAAGUCGUCGCAAAUGAUAUCUGGGAUCGCUAUAUACGGCGCGACAAUUAA